GCUUCGCGCCCACGGAACGUGCUCACUAAGAGGCCUACUUCCGGGAAACUGGGCUGGCGCGGUUAGGCUCGGGGCUUGGGGGCGAGACUUUAGGAGGCGGAGCCAGAGGCGGAAAUGGCUACCAGCUGGAGCCGCAAAACUUUCACAGAGGUUGCAGUUCGAGUCCGCUUCCCGACGAAUUCGUCCUAUUUUUCUGCUCUUCAGUGUUUAUUUUUAUAAUCAGCUCCAAUGCGUCCACACCGGAGUUUGGAAGUGGGAGCCCAGUGAGGCUCUGGCCUUGAAGAAUUUUCAGUCUGGCAGGGGCCGACACCCACCUAGACCUUCCCAGCCGUCUAUAGUCAGAGGGAGGGAGUCCAGGGUGACCCUAGAGGACGGAGUAGAACUGCCCCAUUGAGUUUCCAAGGAGCAGCUGGUGGAUUUCAACUGCCGACCUUUUGGUUAGCAGCUGUAUCACUCAGUCACUGCACCACCAGUUCAGCAAUGUCACCUUCCUCAUCUUUGGGCCUCUUAUGAUGUUCCUGAUGCACCCCUACGCCCAGAGACGUUCCCUCUACGUCCACAGCGUCAGUAUCCUCUUCAUGGUUACAGGCCUCUUCUCCAUGUACUUCCACAUGACACUCAGCUUCCUGGGCCAGCUGCUGGAUGAGAUCGCCAUCCUGUGGCUGCUGGCCAGUGGCUACAGCAUCUGGAUGCCCCGCUGCUACUUCCCCGCCUUCCUCAGGGAGAACAGGCUCCAGUUCACUCGCCUGGUCAUCAUCAUCACCGUGAUCAGCACCUUCCUGUCCUUCCUGCGGCCCACUGUCAAUGCCUACGCCCUCAACAGCAUUGCCUUCCACAUCCUCUACCUGGUGGUCCAAGAGUACAAGAAGACUAGCAAUAAGGAGCUUCAGCGUGUCAUUCAGGUCUCCGUGGUCCUGUGGGCUGCUGCCCUGACGAGCUGGAUCAGCGACCGAUUCUUUUGCAGUUUCUGGCAGUGGAUUAAUUUCUUCUAUCUACACAGCAUCUGGCACGUACUCAUCAGCAUCACCUUCCCUUAUGCCAUGGUGGCCUUGGCCUUGGUGGACGCCAGCUAUGAGAUGCCAGAGCAGACCCUCAAAGUCUGCUACUGGCCUCGGGACACGUGGCUGGUGGGGCUGCCCUAUUUGGAAGUCAGGAGUGACGACAAGAACUGCUGAAGCCUGCCUUUUGCUCGCCCAGCCACCAUCAACCCACCUGAGUCUUGAGGAGAAAGACUUGGAUGAGGACUUCAGUUUGAGAGACAUUCAUGGUUCCUUCCUCCAGUUCUCUUCCCCCCUCCUCCUUGGCCUGUACUGCCCCAACCUAAGGAAAGGGAUGGACUUCCUGACCUCUCUGGAGCAGCAUUCUGAUGACCCUGGGGGACUGGUUGUCAUAUCUCCCCUCCGUGAUGUGACCCGUCCUCUUUCAAUUUCUUGCUCUGUGUUCACUGUUUCCCCAUGGCCUAUGUCACAAGACCUGGCUGUGAGGACCUGGCAUUUGCAAGGAAUGAUCCCAGGCCAGGGUUUGAUUCCUGGGCACCUUAUAAAUAUUGGUGGCCACUACUAGACUCCUUGGACCUGUCCUUGGCCAUGACAAUGUCUCUGAUAUUUGAGGACCAUGUUAGAGAAUGGACAUGUCUUCAAGUCACCUGAUUCUACACCUACACUUGUGUGCAGAGACCUUCCAGACCGUCCCGUGUGUUCACACGCACACCCAUGGACAUGCCAUGCCCCCAUUACUGGUUGAGAGCUGAGGAAAUGGAGUCCCGGGUGGGGGGCUCUAGGUGCUGUGGGAGCACAGGGCAUCAGGAGAGGGGGUCUUAGAGGAGGGAGAGGGCUUCCAUGGUGGUUAAGAGCACAGGGCUUGGAGCAGGGUGGUUCAAAGCUUAAAUCCCUAUGCCACCAUUUUCUGGCUGUAUAAUCUUGGGAAGUGAUUUUCCCUACCUAUGAAGCUCAAGCACUGUUUCUGCAAAAUGGAAAUGAUAUGUCUUCCCUCAUGAGGUUUCUGUGUGGAUGAAACAAGAUGAUAUAUGUAAAGUGCUUAGCAUAAAGCCUGGUAAACCAUCCAUCCAUCCAUCCACCCAUCCACCCAUCCACCCAUCCAUCCAUCCAUCCAUCCAUCCAUCCAUCCAUCCAUCCAUCCAUCCAUCAUCCAUCCACCCACCCACCCACCUACCCAUCCACCCAUCCAUCCAUCAUCCACCCAUCCACCCGUCCACCUGUCCAUCCGUCCAUCUGUCGAUCCGUCCAUCUGUCGAUCCGUCCAUACAUCAUCCAUCCAUCCAUCAUCCAUCCAUCCAUCCACCCACCCGUCUGUCCUUCCGUCCGUCCAUCCAUCCGUUCAUCCUUUAUCCAUCCAUUAAUAUAUGUAUCCAUUCAGCCAUCUAUUCAUCUACCAUUAAUUUAUCCAUCCUUCUGUUCAUAUAUAGAACUUUUCAUUGAACCAUCCAUUUAUUGGGUCAUCAUCCUUUAAUUUAUCCAUCCAUUAUCUGUCCAUUCACCCAUCCAUCCUUUCAUCUAUUAUCCAUCACUUUUUAUUCAGCCAUUCAUUCAUUAAUGUACCCACCCAUCCAUUGAGCCAUCCAUGCAUCCAUCCAUCCACCCAUCCAUCCGUUCGUCCAUCCGUCCAUCCAUCCAUCCGUCCAUUUAUCCAUCCAUCCAUUCUAUCUACAUUUAGCCAUCCAUUUAUCUCUUCAGUAUUCAGGUUUGAUUUGAGCCAAAUUGUUCAAUCAUCCUUCUAUUAAUCUAUUUUUCUACUCAUUCAUUCAUCUCUUCAAUAAGUAUAUAUUGAGUUCCUACUAUACAUAUAUAUGGCAAACACUAGCCCAUGUUGGUACACGACAACAAGGACAUUCAAAGCCCCUGCCCUAAUGAGGGAGAUAGAUGUUAAACAAAGAAACAUGAAUGAGAUAAUUCCAAGCACUGAUAAGAGCUACAAAAAAGAUAAUGCAGGGUGACGUUCUAGAGAAUGAUGGGGUGAGACAGCAGCUCUCACAUAUGGAUAGUCAUGGAGCAGUAGACUUUAGAGCUGAGCCAUCAAUGACAAAAGGAAACCAGGCACGCAAAGAGUGGUGGGAAGGGCAUCUGGGCAGAGGGAACUGCAGGGGUGAACUCCCUACCCCCGGGGUGUGAAUGAACUUGCAGGUCCUUGCUGGGGCUUAGUAGAUAAGGAGGAGCUCAUAGUAAAGAGUUCUUAAUCUGAGGGCUCAGGGUAGGUUUCAGUGUCCAUGAACCCCUUGACAUUGUCUGCCAAAGAUGGGUGCCUGGGCAUGUUAGCCAGGGUCCUGGAGUGCAUCACUCCAAAAGAAGUGGAAGCAAGCCCAUUUGGAGCCCUAGAGAGCUGGGGAAUCUAAGAGGGGAGGGGCUGUUCAUAUUUACUGAAUGGUGACCAUGUGCUGUACGCCCAUGCCAUACAUUGUUGAAUCUAACCCCCCUCCCAGAUAGUCAAGGUAUUCUUCAUGGAUAAAUUAAUGGAUGAGUAAAUUAAAGGAUGGAUGAAUGGAUUAAUGGAUGGAUGGAUUCAUUGUAUAGGUAUAGCACAGAGAGGGCAAGCAACUUGCCUAAGAACACACAGCCUGGCCUUGAACCCUGGUCUGCCCUUCCCCAAAGCUUCUUGCACCAUAGUGAGUCAGCAGGAGAAUUGGGCCAGGACUCUGGGUCCCCUGCUUCCCAGUUACAACUAGAAGUCAGAGGUUUAUCACCAGUGGCCACAUGGGAGACUUUGUGGUGGCAGGAGGAUUGGGGAGGGAGGGAGUUUCUUCAAAUUUAUGAAAUUAUCUGCAAAACGUUGUGUGUCUUCAUUUUGGAGGGGAGAGGAGCUGUUCUUCUAUGAGACUCCCUAAAGUUCAAAACCUUCCCGGAGUGAGACGGAGGAGCACCUGCCUCCUGGCACCCAUGCUCCAUCCUCCUCCUUGUUGGCUUAUGUGGCCAUGGUGUGGAAUCCCCUAAAAAAAUUACUAAAACCAGUUGCUGUCAAGUCGACUGUGACUCCAGGUGGCCCCGUGUGUGUCAGAGCAGAACUGCACUCCAUAGGGUUUUCGGCGGCUGAGUUUUUAGAAGCAGAUCACCAGGCCUUUCUUCUGAGGUACCUCUGGGUGGAGUUGAACUUCAACCUUUUAGUUAGCAGCCGAGCAUGUUAGCCAUUUGCACCACCCACAGACUCUGUUGUUGUUGUUUUUAGUUACCAUUGAGUCAAUUCUGACUCAUGGUGACCCCAAAUGUGCAGAGUAGAACUGGCCCAUAGGGUUCUCAAGGCUGUGACAUUUUGGAAGAAGAUCGAUC